AUGGCCAGCGGUGGUUCCCGCAACCCCGCUGUCAACUCCGCAGACCUGCCAGGCGCUUUCCCCGACACCCUUGACAACUAUGACGGAGAUGACUCCCAAUACUCUGGUCUCCGGUCUAUCUCUCAAGCUCUCAAAGCCAGGAGAUCUGAAUAUAUCCGCCCGCAUAAACUCCACGUGAAAAUUGGGACGUGGAAUGUCGCCGCCAUACCUGGGACAGAGGACGACUUAACGUAUUGGUUCGUUAAGCGAUCUGGACGAUCGUCGAAUCCACAGCAUAAUGUUUCUGGCGGUAGGAUGGAUAAUAUACAUGCGGGGUUAGGGUAUAUGAAGAACGGCCGUAAGCACUCUGGCGAGGCGGGAAGCUGGGUUGACCAGCAAUUAGCGGGGGGUGGUUUUGCGCAGUUGGCAGCCGGUAACCCUUCUUCCUCUGGAACUGGGGCUGCGGGUGCAGAUGACAUUGAUAUUUAUGUGCUGGGGCUACAAGAAAUUGUGGAUGUUUCAUCUCCGUCAGAGUCACUGAAGCCGUUUGUCGACUCCGCGCCGUCCGAUCGAUGGAAGGAAGCGGUUCAAAAUGCGUUACCCCCGGGAUACAAAUUGGUAGCGUCACAACAACUGGUAGGACUGCUUUUACUGGUCUUCGCAUCUCCAUUGGUGGCGCCAACCAUAUCUUCUGUUAGUUCUGUGGGUGUGGGCACGGGGCUGAUGGGGUACAUGGGAAAUAAAGGCGGAGUAGCUACGCGGAUAGUUGUGGGAGGAACAACUCGACUCGUCUUUAUCAAUUGCCACUUAGCAGCUGGUGCAGACAAGGGGAGUUUAGAUAGGAGGAACUGGGAUGUUUCGCAGAUUAUUAGCCGCGCUAAAUUCGACCCUAUAGAUGCCGAAGAGGAUAUCCUUGAGGACUACGGUAACACGAUCGGGGAUGAGGACUUUGCGUUUUGGUUUGGUGACCUCAAUUAUCGACUGGACGAUAUACCUGGAGAUGAUAUACGCCGCCUACUACAUUUGCAUACGGGAAAUACGUUUGGCGCUAUGAGGUCUCCUUGGAUUCCUGAUGAGAAUAUGCCACUUUCCCCUUCAUCACAAAGCAGCGAUGGCGAUGGCCAUGCUUACUCUGGCCAACUGCCAAUACACCAGAUGUCAAAUCCAGGAUCUCCUAAGCCGCCUAUAUCCCUGGAGGACAAUUGUAUCGUGGAACCGCUUCUUGAUCCAACAUCUCUUGAGACUACCCUUUCCUCUCUACUCCCUCAUGACCAACUUCACAGACAACAGCGUACCGGGAAAGCACUUCAAGAUGGUUGGAGAGAGGGAGAUAUUUCAUUUCUGCCAACCUACAAAUACGACAUUGGAACCACAGGCACAUUUGACUCGAGUGAAAAACAACGUGGGCCAAGUUGGUGCGAUCGAAUCCUAUUUCGAACACGGCGUGAUCGUUUAGAAUAUAAACGGAAGGUUAAAGAGGCUGAGGAAGCAAAGAAAAGAGACGAGGAAAUGAAGGCUCUUGGUCUAGGACUGGGAGCGGAAGAAGAUAACAUUCUUUUUGACUACGAUCCGGACUUAGAUGGCGCCAACGAUUAUAACGAUCAAGAAGAUGUGGGGGAUUCUACAACUCCUUCUUGUGAUGGCCAGGCGGAACCGAAAGACACGAUCCAGAUGCUUUAUUAUACAUCACAUCAAGAGAUCGUGUCAUCCGACCAUAAGCCAUUGGAUGCGGAAUUUAUCCUCAGUUUUGAUGCCGUCGACCCGGAGCUGAAGGCUAAAAUCCAUCAGGAAGUUGUUCGGGAAAUAGACAAAGCAGAAAACGAGGGUCGCCCGGGGGUGACAAUUGUUGUAGAAAAUCAACCAGAGAAUAAUAUGGGAGACAACGAAACGACUUCCGUUGCAAAUGAUCCGAAUGCUGUCAACUUCGGUCAAGUACGAUACGAUGUUCCCGUGUCGCGAAACUUGACUAUUGCAAAUACAAGUGGAGCCCCGGCGAUGUUGAAUUUUCAUUAUCGGCCUUCAGGCAAAGGGGGCGAAGGAAGUUCGACUCCUUCCUGGUUUCAUAUUCGGGUGGAUGCAUAUCCUGAUGGUGAUGGCCAACAUCCAAAAGAUCACCAGGAGUACACGCUACAGCCUGGUGAAACGAUGAAUGUACAGCUAAUUCUAUGUAUAUACGACAUUAACUAUGUCCGAGAUCUAAAUAAAGGGAGGGCGAAAAUCGAGGACGUAUUAGUUUUACAGCUCACUAACGGGAGGGACUACUUCAUCCCGGUAUACGCUUGCUGGCUUCCGACAUGUUUUGGCUUCUCUCUAGAUGAGCUUACGCGGAUGCCUGAAAAUGGGGCUCGACACCUGGAUAUCAACGGUCAAUCGUUACUCUCAAGCGAAAGUCGUGAAGACGAAGGUAGCCGCGUAUCAGCUCCUCGCGAACUGUUCAGAUUGACAGACGCGAUAGCUGAGCUUACCGAGCGAGCUGUCGUGGAGUGGGGAAAGCUUGGGGAUAAAAAUUACGAAACCGAUCCACCGCCGUGGGAUUCUGAGAUAACAGGAUGGCCGUUCGAAGAGAAAACAUGGGCCUUGACAGAUAAUCACGAACGAUAUCACCUGCUUUCCUGCACCCGAGAUGCCCUGGACACUAAUGCGUCUCUUUCAUCCGUAUUUCCCCCUGAGCUCCCAUGCCAAUAUAAGGUCGAACUCCUCUCAGAGACGCUCCUAGCAUUUCUCAAAUCAAUUCAUGGAGGCAUAAUCACCGCUCCACUCUGGCGCGAAUUAGAACUGCUGCUAAUAAGCAACGAAAAGUCCAAAUCCCCAUCACUAUCUUCUGAACAGUCCCAAUCACGAAUCCUCGAAGUCCUCUCCUCCUCCCCUGUCCACAGCGUCUCUUUCACCUUCCUCACCUUCAUGCUAAAUCGUAUCAUCAACAAAAUUGCCCCUCCCUCAACUACCGUCGCCCAAUCAACAACGGAAUCCCCGAUCACGCCCCUGAACGGCCGGUCGAUGUCGGAAACCUCCCUUUCCGAGUCCCUCUCAUCAACACCAGCUUCUCCCACUUCAGUCACCUCAAGUUCUGCAACCGCACCCUCUCCCACAUUCUCCCCAACCAGUGGUGUUCUAGCUAGAGCCUUUUCUAUCCGCCGAGGGAAAACGCUCAGCCGUGCAAUGCCCAGUGGGACCUACACAGACGCUUCCUCCACCGCUAUUCCCGCGACAGGAACGCAGACUACGACCGCGGCUGCAAGGCGUCAAGCGGUCCACAAGGCGUUUACGAAUAUAUUUGCAGAUGCAAUCUUCUCUAACGAGAUCCCGCGACCGGAGAAGGAUAAAGAGAGGCGAUUGUGGGAGGACAGACGGAGGCGGGUAUUGGAGUCGUUUUUGGAGUGA